AUGGAAAAACCAAACUUGUGCGAAGAACUCCGUGAGAUGGACAGCGCCGCCAGUCUAUCCCAGUCCGAUGAGACUCAAGAUGCCAAGGACGGUGGCAUGGAUCCUCGGAACCCGCAGAAUUGGAGCUCAACACGCAAGACUUUACUCUUCAUCUCGCUCAUGUCAAGCUCCCUGCUCGCCGAUGGUGCAAUGGUCUGGGGCUCAACGCUCAUCACCCAGCAGGCGAUGGACUGGAAGAUCACCAUUGACCACUCGGCCACAAGCAUGAAUUAUGGUAUUCUGCUGCAGGGCUUCGGUGGGGUCUUCGCCGUCCCACUCAUCGAAGCCUAUGGUCGUUAUCCCGUCUGGCUCUGGCCUCAGGUGAUCGCGAUGUUCAUGGUGCUGGGCGCCACUCUCUCCAAUGACUAUUCAACCUUUACAGUCUUUCGCUCGCUGCAGGGCUUAUUCGGUACCGUGCCACAGGUCAUUGGACUGCCUAUAAUUCAUGAUAUGUAUAGGCCGCAUGAAUGGCCGCGUAUGAUCAACAUAUGGGGCACCACGUUCUUGGUUGGUCCGUUCCUGGGGCCUGCGCUCGCAGGCUAUAUUGGUGCUGGCACAAAUUGGCGCGACUCUUUCGGGGUCCUGACUGCCGCUUAUGGGCUGUCUACAUGUAUGGUUCUCGCUUUUGGCCGAGAGACAUACUAUGCACCGGAUAAGACGUCUGGCUCACGUCUUGGCUCGUACUUUGGCAUCGGAAACACCAACGUGCCCAAGCUGUCCACGCUCGGAUUUUGGUGCCAGAAGCUUGUUGUCUAUGUGUUCAAAUUUCCCUUGCUGAUGACAGGUGAGCUCGCAAAAUUCGGUUGUCAUGCGAUUGUAGCCACUAAUCACAAACAUGUGCAGGUUUCACUGUCCUGGUGGCAUUUACCUGGCCAAUUGGCCGCAGGCAUCACGACAACAAUCGACACUUUCCUGCAUAGCCCGCCCUAUCUCUUCGACACGAUCGAGGCGUCGUCUAUGCGGUUCGCUGGUGUGAUCGGGGCACUUUGUGGCUGGGCUUUCGGUCACUUCUUCAAUGAGUGGAUAUACCGUCGUCAUAGUGCCAACUGGCGCACCGAGCUCCGUCUACACGGCGUGUGGGUCCCAAUUGGGAGCAUGGCCUGUGGUCUACUCAUUUAUGGCCUGACCAUAAAUUUUGGCAAACACUGGAUCGGACUGGCUUUUGGCUGGAUCAUGGUGAACAUCGGUAUGGUCGCCACCAUCGUAGCAAUCACGGCCUACGCGCUGGAAAAGUACCCCAAUCAGUCCACUUGCGUGUCCGCCAUCCUGAACAUGUGGCGCACAUGCGGCGGCUUCGCUGUAGGAUAUUUCCAGCCCCAGUGGAUUGUGCGCAAUGGCCUUGGUCUAGUAUUUGGUAUCCAAGUCAUCGUCCUCUGCACGGCGGUCGUCCUCACCAUCACUCCAGUGUUGCUGGUCGAGCGACGCAAGCAACUACAAACAUCGAGCGCUGCGUGA